UUAUUGAACAGAUGGAUUUUAAGAUCCUAGAAUCAAGAAUUCUGGUAUGGAGAACUAGUUUUGAGCUAGAAGAUGAACAAAAAAGCUGUUAAUGGCAGCAAAAAUAGGAGGAAGUGGCAGAAGAGAAGGUUCAGCAAAAGCAGUGGUUUCUGAUCACAUCUCUCAAACCAUCAAGUCCACCUCCAAUGUCCUUCAGCUCAUGCUUCAGUCCUCUCCUUCCCAGGCUCAACUGAGAAAGCUUCCAAAAGACCUUUUGGCCAAGACCUCGACAAUUAGAAACACUGAGCAAGUAUUGAAUCAAUUACCUCAUGUAAUUUCGUCUUUGGAUGCGCACACAGAGCAAGGAUUACAAAGGUGAUCCUCUUCUUCAGAUGUUUGUGAUCUCUGAGUUACUUCAUUUUAAGUAAAUC